AUGAUAAACGAAAGUGGAAAAAACUACUCAUUCACAUCUUUGGGUCGAGCGAAUCAAUGCCUUACUUUAUCAGGCACGCUCUCUUAUGUUCAAAUAACUGGUUUGAAACGUUUGGGUACCAACAGCUGGCCAUACACUUUGGCUAUUUGGAUUUAUCCAACUAAUGUUUUAGGUGGAACGAUUGUUCAGUUAAGUUCUCGCACAGAUGGCGAAUAUGACGGUUCAUCUUGGACUGCGCCGUUGAUAGGUUUUACUUCAUCGGGUCAGAUUGCUAUCAACAGUUGGGACCGAGGUGAUGUUCCUAUUAAUGGACCUACCGUUCCACUUCUUGCGUGGACCCAUGUUGCAGCUACGUAUUCAUUAAACAACGGGGAGCGGUUGUACAUCAACGGUACUCAGUAUGGCUCAGCGUCGGAUGCAUUUGCUUUUCUUGCCAGUGGUGUUUCCAUGACCAUCACACUGGGAAGUUCUAUAGCUGGCACAGAUACUGGUGCAACAGGUACAGUAUUGAAGGGUCAAUAUCAAGGAUCAUUGGAUGAGUUUCGAGUGUAUGCACGUGAACUUACAGCAGUCGAGGUUGCUGCACUUGCGAAUCCAUAA